AUGGUUGCAACCCAGAGGCAAGUUGUGAACACAUCGUCGAGGUGCACCCCGGGGAUAGCGCGGGGCACACACUCGUUCGAGAUCAUUGGGUACAGCCUGCACAAGGGAAUUGGUAGAGGCAAUUAUAUAUGUUCCGAUACCUUCUCCGUUGGCGGCUACGAAUGGUGCAUCCGCUACUACCCUGAUGGUUACAAGGAGGACAAAGAGUAUGUCUCCGCCUUUGUCGAGCUCAUCAGCAAUGAUGGCGAGGUGAGGGUCCUCUCGGACUUGAGCCUGGUGAAGGAGGACUCCGGGCUGCCCCUGUCAGGGGUCUCCCAGGAAACACCAACAUUAUUAAAAGCUGGAUCCUAUCGGGGCUACUCAAAGUUCAUGAAAAGGAGCGAGCUGGAAGCAUCACCAUACCUGCGGGAUGACCGCCUCGUGAUCAAGUGUGAAAUCACUGUCAUCGAGGAACCACGGGUGAGGCAGACCUCAUCGGUCUUUGAGGCCCUGGUGCCACCCUCUGACUUGUCAGAUAAUCUGGGCAAAUUGCUGGAGGCACAGGAUGAAGCUGAUGUGGUUUUCAAGCUUAAAGGCGAGGCAUUCCCUGCUCACAAGAUCAUCCUCGCAAUGCGAUCCCCAGUAUUCAAGGCGCAGUUCUACGGGCCAAUGAGUGACAAGUCGAUGCCAAACAUAGAAAUUGAAGACAUCCAGCCUGCUAUUUUCAAAGCCCUGCUUCACUUCAUAUACACAGAUUCAUUGCCUUCAAUGGAUGGUCUUGAUGAUGUUGACAAGGAAGAAAUGGUGAAGCACUUACUCGUGGCUGCAGAUAGGUAUGCAAUCGAAAGGAUGAAGAUGUUAUGCCAAAGCAUUCUCUGCAAGAGUAUUGAUGUUGAGAGUGUGGCGACCACAUUGGCUCUGGCUGAUCAGCAUCACUGCAGCAUGCUCAAAGAUGCUUGCGUCGAAUUUAUCAUCUCUUCUGGCAGAAUGAACGAUGUGUUGGCAAGCCAAGGGUAUGUGCACCUGAAACAGUCAAGACCUGCUGUGUUUGUUGAUAUCUUUGAGAAGUUAGCCAUGUUUCACAAUAUUUAG